GUGAAUGUGAUAGAAAUAAAAUGUGAUUAAAUAUUCGCGAUGUGAUUGCCACCAAAUAAAGGGAAAAAUGAUGGAGGAAUUGAACGCGCCUGCUGUCAGACUGGUAGAAACAAUACAGAAUCUGCAGCAAUGUCUACAAUGCACAAUUUGUUUGCACACUAUGUCAGAACCGGUGAAAACCCGAUGCGGCCACCGAUUCUGCGGCAAGUGCAUCCAACCGGUGUUUCAAAGCAAGAACGCAUCGUGUCCAUUGUGCAACUGUGUUCUCCAACGCCGUAGUUUAUCGAAGGAUGAGCAUGUGGAGAUUUACACGAGUAGAUUACAGAAAUUGAUCGAGGCGAUAGAAAAGGACUGCGGCAGCAACGUAUUGCUUUACACCACAAGACCACGGAGCACGCGGGAAAGUUGCUCGUCGGAGAACAGCGUCCGGCAGAAAUUCGGUUCAGAAGAACACAAUCAGCCAAGUUGCUCGUACGCGAAUCCCAAGGCAUUGAAGAAACCAUCUAGCUCUCAGACGAAUCGUAACGCACAGAAGAAGCAAAGGAGGUCGAAACAGGAUAAAGUAAAAAUUCCGAGUACGCUAGAGCGAAAGGACAUAAGAACAUACUACUUUCAACAGUACAGCCAGUCUGGCGUAGAGCCGUUGCCCUCGGACGAUCCCGAUUAUGAAAGCGACAAAUCGAAGGGAGGUAAGGUGCAAAGAUGGCUGGAGACGUUACAGAACGACGAAUUCGAUGAUUUGAACAGAAUCGUGCCUGUUGUCAACAACCUGGACGACACCGUGAUCUGCUCGGUCUCUCAAGACAACGUGAACAAAGCUGUCACGCCUGACCAUAAAUUCAUGUGCCCUACAAACAUUAUCGACGAAAAUUAUUCUCGUGAUGUACCGUCAAGACGAUCGUCGAGAGAUCGCAAGAGCGAGGGCGAUCCAGGAAGGACAAUAGAAACGGAUGAGCCUCGAAGAACCUCUGGUACAUCGUCAAGAAAAUCCUCGGGAACGUCGAAUCGAAAAACAAGUGACACGAACAAUAAGAAUCGGCAGGUGAGUCCAAUAGAUCAAAGACCAAGCACGUCCGGUAUUGCAAAGUCAAAGGACAUCGGCAGGGACAGAAUACUUCAGGAGCACAAUCAGGAUAGGAUCGUCGACGUUCACAGGACAUCGCCUUGCGACCUGCUUCCCACAGCCAAAAAAAAUUGGUCCUCGGUGGCGCAGUUCGGGAAGGAGCUACGCUCGAAGAGGCGAAAGAAGAUCAAGUCCUUGGACGUCAGUAUCGAGACUAAAAGUAAAAAAUCGCUGAAUAAAUCCGUAAGUGGCGAAGCUGCGCAAACGAGAGAACCUUCGACGAGAUCCACGACAGAAGGCACAAGUAAGCGGCAGGUGGCCGUGGAUAACGAGCCGAGUGAGAAACGGCGGGUGUUUAAAGAGGUCGAGGAACAUCGGUCCAGGGUCAAAAGCAACGGAUCGAUGUCGGAGGAAGCUCAGCCCGCGAGGGAGUCGUCUUUUAUCACGCUUGAAGAGGGCAAGCACGUGCACAUAAAAAGUUUGAACAAUCAUCAGAUGAACGAUAUCAUUGGUAUCGUGAAGACCGACGAAGACUUCUGUAAAUCGGAAAUUGAGAAUGUGCCACGGUCUGACGAGGAGCCGGAUGAACAGUUCAUAAAACGUUCAGAUUUGUGUCAAACGCCUCCACUGGAUCGGUCCCGAAGAUCCUUGAACGAAGUGAUUCACGGUCUGAAGGUGCGCGCCGAGGCGCAGGAUAAUUCUGGUAGUCCAGAUUUACUGGCAGGUCAUGUUUCCCCGCCUGAAAGCGUCGGCCGAUCGGACAACCGGCCGUGCUCCACGUCCACAUUUCAAUCCUCGACUCCCCGUUCUAAUCGGCUGUCCCUGAAGAGACGUAGCACCGAUCCCAAAUCGAGUGUAUCCGCGGACACGAACGAUGUCUCGCGAUUGCGCUACGUGAAACGUGACUUGAAUCGGGAGAUCGACAGAACCGCGGGGGAGAAUGUCGGUGAGACUGCGGCGAGGCUAACAUCGGGGAUGAAGGAUAAACCGAAAGAACGUAACGGAGAGGGUGGAAACGUUGACGACCUCUUGGCUGGUCCCAGAGGUCCCAAAGCGAACAAACCGCAAGGAAGGAAUCCGGUAAUUUUCAAGAAAUUAGGAAAAGUCAUGAAACGUCGUAGAAAGCCUGUUUCGUUCUUGUAUCUGGGAAGCACUAGAAGGUCCUUGGAGAUGAAGGAUUAUAUCCCAAGAUUGGAGAAACCGUGCAACCCGGUGACUGUGUCGAGUCCCGUGGAACAUCGAUCCGAGAAUAGUUUUGGUAAUUAUACGCGGAUCCCGGUGAAUGUGAUGGUUGAACAGGAUAAGGAUACUUCAGCAGCGAUGGACAAAGAAGUUACGACGAACGUGGGGAAAAGUUUGGAAGUGGAAGAGAGGGAAUUACAUUUUGAUCGAUCUAGAUCAAAUGAGCCUGAGAUUCAAGCAGCACGGUUUCACCCUGUUGUACCUGGAUCAUCCAGUAAUGAGACAUCAGCGAUUCAAGCAGCACAGUUUAAUCCUGUUGCACCUGUAUCAUCGAUUCCCAAAGCAACGCCCACCAAAGAGGUAGAAUCGAAUAAAAAUAUCGUCUCGACCACCGGAGUCAGUCAGCUUCGGGACUCCGAGGACAUACUGUUCGUGUCUCUCUAUGAGACACAGGAGUACCAAGCGAACACGUCGAAGCGUCCCAUCCCCGAGGGGACAUCCUACAAUGACACGGUCAAGAUUUUAUCGCCGAGGAAAGACUCUCUCCUGAAGUUUCUGUCCCUGGAGUCCCCUACCACCGACCCUUUAAAAGCCUCCAAGUUCGCGCAACAGGGCGACAAGGAGCCCGUUGCCAAAAGGAGCAGCUUCUCCGGCGUAAGAGGCGAACAUUCGAGGGCCCUCAUAAAAAGGUCGCAACAGGGUUCCGAGGUGUCACAAAUCGAAGCUUCGCCCUCGAAGAAGAGGAAGAGAUCCCUCAGCCGUGAUAAGCUGGAUCAGAGGAUGAAGAGGGUGCCGAUGAUCGUCGACCAAACGAAGGGGGAAGUUGAUUCUUGUCAAACACUCUCGUCUGAAACUACGUACACCAAGAACUCGGGCAAAUCGAAAACAGAGGCUUCCGACGGCGACACUGAUGCGGAAGUCGGCGAGAAAUCGAUGAAUAAACACCGAAGAGCUUGCAGGAGGAUUAUAUCGGAGGCCAGUUCGGACACAGAAGGUACGGUCGAUCUCUGCGCAAGCAGCCCGCAGAAUACGAAUGUUGCGAACGUCGCUCCUGUAAGGUGUUCGCCCACGUCCAAACGGAAACGGACAGUUUCCCCUGACUCCGACUCGUACGACGACGUGAAGGCAAUCCUGAGUAACUGGUCCAACGAGAAAAGGAUCGAUGACAUCGUCAAGCUCCCGUCUUACCAUUCCUCCGCUAUACGGAACAGUAUGGCCGACACACGACGAAGACAUUUGCUUCGAAUGGACGUCGAAUCUAACCCUAAACCGUCCAGCGACCCAAGAAGACGAGACUCUUCGGAGAAUAGGGCUGCCUUCGACGACGACUCGCCGGACUUCGGGGCGACUAUAGAUAAAAUUACGGACAUCAGGAACUCUGGAAGAACCACCGUGGCUGAUAAACUUUCGGAACGACAGAGGAACAAUAUCAUGCAGGACAAUUUCGACGAGAUCAUCGCGAACGUAGACACGGAAGCGUUGAUCGGGAAUUACUCGUGGAAUACUGAAUCGAAGGGGGAUUCCCUGCCGAUGAAAUGUUCCGCGAAAAACGAGCAAGGUUUCAGAGAGAAGUGCAAAGAGUCUGAAAGACCGCAGGAUCCAGGGAACGAUCAUGACAAAACCUUGACGCCGGAGCGUGUGAACGUGGCGAACAGAAGCUCGAAGAUGCGGGAUGAUAGAUUACGAAUGAAAACGAUCGAAUCGACGCGGGAAGAGGCAACGGGGAGGAACGUCAACGCGAACAGAUCAUCGACGAUUAAUCCUGCGCUCCGUGACAAUGACAAAGUGGCCGGGGGACCGGUCAUCGCUCCGACGUUGGAGGAAACGUGCUUCGAUCAUGAUUCUCUGAUGAACAUCACGCAACACCAGUUGCUCAUCAAACAGUUCGAGGACGAUCUAUUCGCGAAAUCGGGCUGGCAGACGGCGAGGAAGAACACGAUCGAGCAACAGACACCGCCUAGGCUGAAGAACGUGAAGCAAAAGGACGCCGAACACUCGGGCGAAGAAGACGAUAUUGUCGAGAACACUCCCGAGGUAAAGACGAAAAAUAUCCAAGCUGUCAGCUCAGGAAAAGAAAGCUCGACGACGACGCCGGUGAUGCGACAAAACGGAAGAUCGGCCGUGAAAACUCCAUCAUCCACCGAUGACACGAGUACUAUCAGCAGGACAAUAAAUCCUCUCUAUCAAAGCACACCGAAGCUCGAGGUCCAACGAAAGGCCGCGAGAACCAAGGAGAAGAUGCUGAAACCGGGACCAGAAACGGACAAGUCGACGAAAGACAAGAUAAGACCGCUUGGUGUGCAGAGCCUGAACAGACAGAGGUUGUGCUUCGUUUGCAGCGGUCUGCUGCUCGAUCAAAUUAAACAAGUGCAACGACUCGCCGGUGAAGUGAACGCUAGAUACGUGACCAAGUUCGAUCGGGAGGUGACGCACGUGAUCGUGAAAGCGGACGAGACGAACAACGGGGCGAGCAAGACCCUGAAGUAUCUGCAGGGAGUCGCGUACAGGAAAUGGAUCGUGGGGUUUCAGUGGGUGAUCGAUUCGCUCACGGAGAAGAAAUUAAUAAGCGAGGAAAGGUACGAGGUGGUCGACUGUACAACGCUCGAGGCGGGUCCUCGGAACUCGCGAUUAAGGCAGAAGGAUCUGUUCGAGGGUUUCGUCUUCCUGUGCGUCGAACCGUACGUGGAUGUCUCGGUUGAACAAUAUCAGGAGUUGCUACGUGCCACGGGUGCCACAGUGGUCCACUCGUUCGACGCUUUAGCCGCCGUGAAGACGAACCUGAAGAUCAUAAUGACCCAGGGGGACAUCUACGACCACGAACUUAUUCAAUGGCAUCGGAAGACACGCGGGGUGCCUGUUGUCCACGACUGGGUGGUAGAAUGUAUCAGCCAAUACAAACUGGUCUCGUUCUACCCGUAUCUGCAGGAGUUGUCGCAACAGGACGUUCUCGCGCUUGGUUUCCCGGAGUUCCUCGUCGAAGAAGAGCCUGACGAGGAUUCAGAUAGCAUGGGUGACGUGUCCACGUAACAGCGUCGUCGCUUUUCCCACGAUCCCCCC